AUGCGCGGUCGACCUUUUGGUGUAGCGGGAGGUCCUCCUCCUAUGCCACCACCUGGAAUGCGUGGUCGUGGCAAUCUUCCGAAUACACCUCGAGGUUUCCCACCAAUGCCUGGACGAGGCGGUGGUUUCAUGACUCCUCCACUGAACAGGAAUGACAAUGGACCUGCGACUCGUGGCGGUUUCUUUUCAGCGCCGCCGGUACGCGGUAUUCGAGGUGCGCCUAAUCUUAGACGUGGUUUACCAAUGGGUGGUCGUGGCGGAAGUUUUCCACCGCCAACGACACCAACAUCCGGUUUUCGAGGUCGUGGGGCAUUCCCAGGAAGGUUUCCAGUAGGUCCACGUGGUGGUCCACCCUUUGGCCCACCUAGUCGUGGUUUCCCACCAUUUGGCAGACCGCGCGGCGGGUUUGGUCCACCGUACUGA